AUGGCUCUUAUUACUGUCGCGAUUCUCGCUGUCACUACAGUGUUCGUGGUCCUGCGAGUCGGAAGGGCACGGAAACUGCCCCAAGGACUCCGGGAGGUGCCUGUUGCUGGGAAUGUCACUGCCAUGGGGGCAUAUCCCCAACAACAACUCCGCAAAUGGGCCGUCGAGUACGGCGAACUGUUCCAGGUGCGCUUCGGGCGCCAAGUUUGGAUCUAUGCAAAUAGUCCCUCGGCGGUGAAAGAGAUUUUCGACAAGCAGUCCCAGCACACUUCCUCACGCGCACCGAGCCCCGUGGUAUCUGAUUUGCUCUCCGGCGGAAUGAGGUUCCUCCUUAUGCCCUACUCGGCAGAGUGGCGGCGGCUUCGUGUUAUCGUGCACAAACUUCUGACCCCGAAAGCAUCCAACGAAUUCAUUCCGUCGCAGGAGUUUGAGGCCAAGCAGCUGCUUGUAUGGGAAUGCGAAGACAUCCGCGAGAUUUACGGGUUAAUGCAGGAGUUCAGCGAAUUUGCCACGCCCGGAAAAUACUUAGCCGAGACCUUCCCGGUGCUGGCAUACCUCCCCCAGUGGAUGCAGUGGUGGAGAAAGGCCGCCCUCCGGUCCUUCAACCGACAGGCGAUGGAGAAGAACCAAGCCCCGGAUUGUUUUGUGAAGCAGUUCAUCAACACUGACUAUGAAAAAGUGGGUAUCAGCGAGCUGCAAGCCAGCUUUGUUGCCGGAACAAUGAUUGAGGCAGGUUCCGAGACGACCUCCUCCGCGCUCAACUCCUGUGUCAAGUACUUGGCGGCUUACCCGGAAGCCCAGGCGAAAGCCUUCGCGGAACUCCGCCGUGUGGUGGGUGAGGACCGCCUCCCUAGCUUUCGCGAUGAGGCGGAGCUGCCCUACAUCCGUGCUUGUGUGAAGGAAAUUCUGCGACUCCGCCCGGUCACCACCCUGGGCUCUCCCCACUACACCUCGGCGGACGUUGUGUAUAAAGAUUGGUUUAUCCCCGCCAACACCACCGUUGCUAUCAAUCAAUACGCGCUACACUUCGAUCCGGCGCGCUACGAGAACCCAGACGACUUUGUGCCGGACCGGUAUCUCCAGCACCCCCUCAAGGCGGGGGCAUACGCCGCUCACGCCGACCCGUACGCCCGCGAUCAUUUCGACUUUGGCGCAGGCCGCCGCAUUUGCCCCGGCAUGCACUUGGCUGAGAACAGCCUGUUCAUCACCAUAGCGUGCCUGGUAUGGGCCUUUGAGAUCCUCCCCCCGCUUACCGACGACGGGAGGAUCGGAUCUGUUGAUGUGUCUGACGCCGCGUACGAGGAGGGGAUGAACACUCUUCCCAAGCCCAGUGAGUUGCGAUUCGUCCCGAGGAGUGACAAGGUGGUGGGGUUGAUCCGCAGGGUCUGGCAGCAUGCUAAGGAGGAGGGCUAUAUGCUGAGUUCGGUCAAGGUGAAUGCGCAGGGGAUGGUGGUAGAUUGA